AUGGCGCCCACUCUAGCCACUGCCCAUCGCCGCCGCUGGUGGAUGGCUUGCACAGCCGUGUUGGAAAAUCUCCUCUUCUCGGCAGUCCUCCUGGGCUGGGGCUCGCUCCUCAUCAUGCUCAAGUCGGAAGGGUUUUACUCCUACCUGUGCACUGAGCCAGAGAAUGUCACCAACGGCACCCUGGGGAGCACUGCAGAGCCGGAGCAUGAGCAGGUGAGCUGGAUGAACGGCUGGCUCAGCUGCCAGGCCCAGGACGAGAUGCUAAAUUUGGCCUUCACCGUGGGCUCCUUCCUGCUCAGUGCCAUCACCCUGCCCCUGGGCAUCGUCAUGGACAAGUAUGGCCCGAGGAAGCUCAGGCUGCUGGGCAGUGCCUGCUUUGCCAUCUCCUGCUUGCUGAUUGCCUAUGGAGCUAGUAACCCAAACUCUCUCUCUGUGCUCAUCUUCAUCUCCCUGGCUCUGAACGGCUUCGGUGGAAUGUGCAUGACCUUCACCUCAUUGACACUGCCCAACAUGUUUGGCGAUCUUCGUUCCACGUUCAUUGCCUUGAUGAUCGGAUCCUACGCCUCCUCCGCAAUCACCUUCCCGGGAAUCAAGGUCAUCUAUGACUUUGGUGCCUCCUUCAUCAUCAUCCUUGUGGUCUGGGCCGGCUGUUCGGGGCUGGUUUUCCUCAACUGCUUCUUUAACUGGCCUUUGGAGCCCUUCCCGGGGCCCGAGGACAUGGACUACUCGGUGAAGAUCAAGUUCAGCUGGCUGGGCUUUGACCACAAGAUCACAGGGAAGCAGUUCUACAAGCAGGUGACCACGGUGGGGCGCCGCCUCAGCGUGGGCAGCUCCAUGAGGAGCGCCAAGGAGCAGGCGGCGCUGCAGGAAGGCCACAAGCUGUGCCUGUCCACCAUCGACCUGGAGGUGAAGUGCCAGCCAGAUGCUGCAGCGGCCCCCUCGUUCAUGCACAGCGUGUUCAGCCCCAUCCUGCUGCUCAGCCUCGUCACCAUGUGUGUCACGCAGCUGAGGCUCAUCUUCUACAUGGGGGCCAUGAACAACAUCCUCAAGUUCCUGGUCAACGGUGACCAGAAGACAGUGAUGGACACUGUGGGCCUGUACACCUCCAUCUUCGGCGUGCUCCAGCUGCUGUGCCUGCUGACAGCUCCCGUCAUCGGCUACAUCAUGGACUGGAGGCUGAAGGAGUGCGAAGAUGCCUCUGAGGAGCCUGAGGAGAAAGAUGCCAACCAAGGUGAGAAAAAAAAGAAGAAACGAGACCGGCAGAUCCAGAAGGUCACCAAUGCCAUGCGGGCCUUUGCCUUUACAAACCUGCUGCUUGUGGGCUUUGGGGUGACCUGCCUCAUUCCCAACCUGCCUCUUCAGAUCCUUUCCUUCAUCCUGCACACGAUCGUGCGAGGAUUCAUCCACUCUGCCGUCGGGGGCCUGUAUGCUGCCGUGUACCCGUCCACCCAGUUUGGCAGCCUCACGGGACUGCAGUCUCUGGUUAGCGCGCUCUUUGCUCUCCUGCAGCAGCCGCUCUUUCUGGCCAUGACGGGGCCCCUCCAAGGAGACCCCCUGUGGGUGAACGUGGGGCUGCUCGCCCUGAGCAUGCUGGGCUUCUGCCUCCCCCUCUACCUGAUCUGCUACCGGCGCCAGCUGGAGAGGCAGCUGCAGCAGAAGAGGGAGGACGACAAGCUUUUCCUCAAGAUCAAUGGCUCAUCCAACCAGGAGGCGUUCGUGUAGCACUCGCCACUGCAGGGCCGAGGCCUCCUGCCCGUGCUUCAGUGACUGCUGAUGCCCUCCUCCCCGCCCCAGAGGACCUCACGCACCCCCCAGUCCUCGCCUUCACCGAGUCGGAGUCCAUGCUGCUCCCAGGGGCGCCCUGGUCCUGCCUCGGAGCCCUGCGGUGGAAGGACGGGAGAGGGCCCAGGACGGGCCAGUGUCCUGCUGGAAGCAGCGGCAAUCCUGGCUUUGCCCUUGCCACCCCUGAGGGACCCUAGGGCCUUGGGUCUCCGCGGUGUCUGCAGGAGGAACCAAGAGCACCCUGACACACAGGCAGGCUCUCUUCCUCAAGUGUCUGGAUUAUGCCUCUUGCCAAAGCAGAGGGCUCUGCCAUCCACUGCCUGCCACCUGCCCCUCGGCUGCAUGCCCACCGACCACGCCUGCCUGAGGACAAAGGCUUGUGCGCUCUGCAUCCCCUCGCCUGGCCCCUCGCCUCCUUCCCGGCCAGUCUGAGGCUGCCUGAGGAAGGAAGGACCCGCUUCCUGUUGUUGGUGCUAACUCCUUUGUAAUUCCAGCCGCCCCUCCCGUGGCCUGUCCACGGCCUGCCCUUCUGAGGCCUGUGGAGAAGCCUCUCCUGGCUUACAGCUGGGAGGGGAUGGAAGGCUGGACGGUCACACGAAGCCUCAGGAGCAUGGAUCAGGCUGGUCAGUUGUCCCUCACCUCCUGGAACACAUUUCCACUGCCACUCGUUCCAACCUGUGACCUGAAGGGCAUUAAAGGGGCACCACCAGGCCAUGCCCCAUGCCACACACGCAGCUGUUUCUGUGGGGGUAGAAGUAAGGCUGGGGCUGACAGGAGGCCCAGGCCGGGUGGAGUAGUGGGUUUGUGAAGGGCUGAAGGAUGUGGGUGCGUGGAUGAGUGUGUAAGUGUGGUGUGUAUGAGAUGGGGUGGGGAAGGGGCUUCUUGGGGUAUGCCUUUAUCCCCUCUGGCCAGACCAGGAGCCAUGCAGGCCUAGGGCAGACGCAGGGCCCAGGAGCCAAGCUGGCCCAAGGCCCAGUCUGUCCAAGGCCGCAGGGCCACAGCGCCCCCUGCUGGCAGACUCUACCAAGGCCCUGGAGCUGUGCACGUGGGAGAGGCCAGGCGGCCUGGCUUACCAAUCACCCAGCUCGACUGUCCCCAGACAUGUGUCUCACACUUCCUGUGAGUGUUGAGAAGGGUUGGUUAAUUUUUAGGCUUUUAAUUUUUUUGUCCUCUUCUAAGUUUGAUCAGACUUCUUUUUAUAAAGCAAUAAAUCCAUUUUCCUCCUGGUAAGGGAUGCCCCGUCUAGCAUAUCAGUUCAUGGCUAUAAGUGCCUGUUUUGAGCUUGAGAAGGAAGGGGAGACAAGCUUUUCUGCCACCGGCCAGCCCCUGCCGUACCCACUGUGCAUCCUCCCUCCGGGAGACUGCCUUUCUGGGAGGGGCAGCAGCCAGGGAAGACCUUACUCCCCCCACCUGCACACCAGUGGGCCUGUGCGGACCUCUCAGGCUUGGGGAUCACCCCCACUGCAGCUUAUCCCAGCUGGGCAGGCUAAUCCUAACCCCAUUCGUCCCCUAUGCAGAGGGUUCACCCUGACAUAGGUGACCCUAGGAUUGCCGAGGGCUGGGAGAACAGGGUCGGGAUGUGGGGGGUGGGUAGGAAGAGGCAGACAUGGGCCCAAAUUAAUCUCCAUGUUCACAGCAGAGCACAGCGUGGCGAAUCUCCUAGGCUUCAGUCCAUCUAAUGUGAAAAAUCAAAGCCAAAAUUGGAAAGUGACAAAAAGGAGCCAAACUGACAUUUCCCAGACCAUUCCUCGGAACACUGUCCCUGGGAUGUAGUAAUGAUUAUUCUAAUUUAGGGGGAAAAGUACUAAAGUCAAAUCUGGGAAAUGCCAAAAUACAGUCACGCCUGCCGUUUCCCAGCAAGCACGUGCAGCGUGUCCGGCAUCAGGAACUUGGGGAGUCUCCGAGAGGGGAUGUAGAUGGUGUCGCUGAGGGAUUGGCUGACUCUAGAGCUGUCCUCCACGCGUGCCUGGCGGCCGUCUGCAGCAGCAGCUCUCAGGGUGCUCGGUACAGACCCCCAACAAGGAGUGUGGUUUGGGGAAAUGCUGAUCCACGGGGGAAUGCACUGAGGUGGGGCAGACAUAGCCUGCAGUGUCCCAGCAGUGCCCGGAGUGAGAGCCCAGCCUUGUUCUCUCCACCUGAGGCCGUGGCACUGUGGGAAGAAGCAGGCCUUGAGAGACUGGAAUGGAGAGAGGGGAGCAGGCUAGGUCUGGCAGCGUGUGGGGAUUGGAGCGCUGGAAAUGGGGGCAGGAGGGCCAGCUGGGUAGCGUGGUGUUUAAGGAGACUGGGUCCCACGGGGCCGACUGCAUGGUACAAGCCCUGAACGUGGUGGCAGCUUGUAAAACGUGUGCUUGAGAGGAAAAGGGAUUACAACAUGGCCAUCCCCCCUGAAGGGUGCUUUCUCACUUUCUCUUUCUCUCUGGUGAGUACGCACUACCUAUAGCAAAUUU